AUGUGCUUCUCCUUUGCUUCUAUUCCAGGAGACUUUUUAUUUUUGGGUUUUUGGUUUCAUGUUAAAUUUUGGAAUCUAGGUGUUGCCGUUGCUCUACUACCAGGAAUGCUCGAAUCUAACGAAGAAGGGGUUAUAUGGAACGAAAAACAUGGAUUUCUUACAUUCGUUUCUCUUAACGAAGAGGUUGACAUCUACAUCUUAUAG